AUCCCCACCCACAUCCUAGUCGUUCGUUCGUUCUCUCUUGUUAAAGUUUGACGGCCCUUAAAAAAAGAUUCUCCCUCAAGUAUAAAAAAGUUUCAAAUCUCUCUCUCUCUCUCUCUUUUAAAAUGGGUCGUUGAGUCUUUCAGCAACGCGUCGACCUCAAAACAUUUGGGAAUUGUAGCAAAAAAUCAAAUCAUGUGAAUUUUUUUUUUUUAGUUUUUUUGUCUCUGCAUUCCACUUCCAGCUCAAGCUUCCCUUCUCCUGGCUAAUCUCGGGGGAAAGGCUGCCCAAAAUAGGUGAAAAAGUGGGAUCCAGAAGAUGUGGUGCCUCUCUUGCUUCAAACCCUCUACUUCUGAGUUUGAAGCAGAAAUUAAUCUUGCCUUAGAAGUUUCACAGCAUGAAGCUGACAUUCAAGAAGCUCAACAGCUUGAUUCCGCCAUUCAAGAAUCUUCUCGUCUCCAAAAACUAGAAGAGGAAAAGGGAAAAAGGCGUACCAGAGAGUUAGAAAAGGAUGCGCAGAUUGCCCGUGCUUUGCAAUAUGAUGAAAGAGACAACCAGCUGAAAGAUGAGCAGCCUGCUAAGACUGUUGUGGAGAGUUCUAAGGAGAAACGCAAAAGCAAACAGUUUGAAGAACAAGUGAAGAAGGAUGAACAGAUAGCGCAAGAUCUUCAGAACCGCUUAAACAAGAACGCAUUUGAGGAAAGACCAGGGGCCCUGCGUGAUAAAGCUGUGCUUGACGACAAAGACGAGCAGCUUGCUAAAACCGCUAAGAGCUCAAAGAAGAAACGCAAAAGCAAACAGUUUGAAGAACAAGUGAAGAAGGAUGAACAGGUAGCACAAGAUCUUCAAAACCGCUUAAACAAGAUGACAUAUGAGGAUAGUCCAGGGCUGCAUGAUAACUCUGUGUUGGACGACAAAGAUGAGCAGCUUGCUAAAACCGUUAAGAGCUCAAAGGAAAAACGGAAAAGCAAACAGUUUGAAGAACAAGUGAAAAAGGAUGAACAGGUAGCACAAGAUCUUCAAAACCGCUUAAACAAGAUGGCAUAUGAGGAAAGUCCAGGGCUGCGUGAUAGCGCUGUGUUGGACGAUAAAGAUGAGCAGCUUGCUAUCACCGCUAAGAGUUCAAAGGAGAAACGCAAAAGAAAACAGUUUGAAGAACAGGUGAAGAAUGAUGAACAGAUAGCGCAAGAUCUUCAAAACCAAUUUAGUGAGAUAGCAUACAAGGAAAGUAUGGAGCUGCAUGACAACUCUGUGCUGGGUAAUGAAGAUGAGCAGUUUCCUAAGACCGCUGGGACGAGUUUCAAGCUUAAAGGUAAAGAAAAGAUACUUGAACAAGUGAAGAAGGAUGAAGAACUCGCUGCCAGAGUUCAUGAGAGUCUAAACAUGCAUGUGAAGAAGGAUGAAGAAGAACUUGCUUCUAGAUCGUCAUUGGAUGAAGAAGAACAGCGGUUAAUUUGGGAGAGUUUGAAGGGCAAGGGUAAAAUAAAGGAACUCACAGACGAGGAGGAAGAAAAUGGAAAGCUUCCAGAGAUGAAUCCUCCUCGAAUCAUGUGUGGUGGUUGCAACUUUGAGAUUGAACAUGGAAGAUCUGUGGAUGUCUUGGGUGUUCUUUGGCAUCCUGAGUGUCUCUGGUGUGAUGCUUGCCACAGACCAAUAACUGUCCAGGAGGUUGAAAACCAUGUUUCAAACUCAAGAGGCAAGUUUCACAAGACCUGCUAUGAACGGUACUGCUAUAUCUGCAAAGAGAGGAAGAUGAAAAAAUACAAUCAUCAUCCUUUCUGGGAGGAGAGGUACUGCCCUGCUCAUGAAUCUGAUGGAACUCCCAAAUGUUUCAGUUGCGAGAGGCUAGAGCCUAGGGGAACGAACUAUGUAAAGCUUGGUGAUCGUCGGUGGCAAUGUCUAGAAUGUAUGGAAUCUGCGGUAAUGGAUACUUAUGAAGCCUCGCCUCUGCAUUUUGAAAUCCGUGAAUUCUUCGAAGGCUUAAACAUGAAGAUUGAGAAAGAAUUUCCUUUUCUUUUGGUGGAGAAACAAGCGCUGAAUAAAGCUGAGCAGGAAGAGAAGAUUGACUACCAAUUUGAGGUGGUAACCAGAGGAAUUUGUCUGUCUGAAGCGCAGACCAUCACAAGUGUAUCAAAAAGGCCAAGGAUGGGGCCGGACAACCAGCUAAUUGACAUGGUUACAGAGUCUCAAAGUGUUGUUCGUGACUGCGAGGUCACUGCAAUUCUCAUCCUAUAUGGACUACCUAGGUUAAUGACAGGAUAUAUCUUGGCUCACGAGAUGAUGCAUGCUUAUCUAAGACUCAAUGUGACAGGAUAUAAGAAUCUGAACAACGUUAUUGAAGAGGGAAUAUGCCAAGUGCUAGGGCACUUGUGGUUGGAGUCUCAGACAUACGCCCCUAUUGAGGCUACUGAAGCAGCAGCUUCUUCUUCUUCUCACGCUCCAGCUGCUACUGCAUCCAAGAAAGGUGUAUGCUCUGAUUUUGAGAAGAAGCUGGUGGAUUUUUGCAAGAAUCAGAUAGAAACAGAUGAUUCGCCUGUCUACGGUGUGGGGUUCAGAAAAGUUAACAAGAUGGUGACAAAUUCCAGCCUCAAGGAAACCCUCAAAGAGAUUAUUCACCGGGGUUGAAGAAGAUACCAGAUUCAGCGUUUUGAAUCACCCUACACACUCGUCGACACGACACAUACAUUACCAUAGCCCUACAUAUAUUCUACAGACUCACGCUUUCAAACCAUAACCAAAGUACCCCUUUUUUAUUCUGCUUUUUCUUCUCUGGUGUGUUUUCUUUUUUACUUUAUGGGAUUGUGCUGCUUUGUGUGAAAUGGCUAUGUUGCUGUGUGUAAACUACCUUUUCAACCUUACGAGGAUUUUGCCUUAAUCAACAGUAUCUUUGUCGGA